UCCUGGUAUUUGACCUAGAAACGACUUCCGGUGUAAUGUGAUGUUGGAGGAGUUGUGAACCUGGAGCCGAAUUUGCUUGCAUUUUCCUACAUUUUCUUGCACAUCGCGGAUAAAAUAACGACUUGCCUGCAUCUGGAAACGACUUAUCCCAAAGGCGGGAGUGAGUGAAAGCUGCUCGAUGUGACUCUGGCAGCCGUCCACCAUGAGUAACAGUCACCCUCUGCGUCCCUUGGCGUCCGUGUCGGAGAUCGACCACAUCCACCUUCUGUCGGAGCAGCUCGGCUCGCUGGUGCUCGGGGAGGAGUACAGCGAUGUCACCUUCAUCGUGGAGGGGAAGCGAUACCCGGCGCACCGGGUCAUCCUGGCUGCUCGCUGCCACUACUUCAGGGCCCUGCUGUACGGCGGGAUGAAGGAAUCCCAUCCUCAGGCGGAGGUGUGUUUGGAGGAGACGCGGGCCGAGGCCUUCUCGAUGCUGCUGAACUACCUGUACACGGGCCGGGCCAGCCUCAGCUCGGCCCGGGAGGAGGUGCUGCUGGACUUCCUGGGCCUGGCACACCGCUACGGCCUGCAGCCUCUGGAGGACUCCACCUCCGAGUUCCUGCGCACCAUCCUGCACAACCACAACGUCUGCCUGGUGUUCGACGUGGCCAGCCUCUACUCUCUGAGCACGCUCAGUGCCGCCUGCUGCGCCUACAUGGACAGACAUGCACCGGAAGUGUUGAACUCCGACGGUUUCCUCAUGCUGUCCAAGACCGCUCUGCUGACCGUGGUCCGCCGGGACUCGUUUGCCGCCAGUGAGAAGGAGAUCUUCCAGGCGUUGUGCCGCUGGUGCCGGCAGCACGAGGACGAGGACGAGUCGCAGGAGGUGAUGUCGGCGGUGCGGCUGCCGCUCAUGACCGUGACGGAGAUGCUGAACGUGGUGCGACCGUCCGGCCUCCUGAGCCCGGAUGAUCUCCUGGACGCCAUAAAGACCCGGUCUGAGAGCCGCAACAUGGACCUCAACUACCGGGGGAUGCUCAUCCCGGAGGAGAACAUCGCCACUAUGAAGUACGGAGCUCAGGUGGUGAAAGGAGAGCUGAAGUCUGCGCUGCUGGACGGAGACACCCAGAACUACGACCUGGACCACGGCUUCUCCAGACACCCCAUCGAGGAGGACGGCCGGGCCGGGAUUCAGGUCAAACUGGGUCAACCGUCCAUCAUCAACCACAUCCGCCUGCUGCUCUGGGACAGAGACAGCCGGUCUUACUCCUACUACAUCGAGGUAUCUAUGGACGAGCUGGACUGGGUGCGUGUCGUCGACCACUCCAAGUACCUGUGUCGCUCGUGGCAGAAUCUGUACUUCACACCGCGAGUUUGCAGGUACGUUCGUAUCGUGGGAACACACAACACGGUCAACAAGGUCUUCCACCUCGUGGCUUUUGAGUGCAUGUUCACCCACCGCUCGUUCACCCUCGACGACGGACUCUUUGUGCCCACUGAGAACGUGGCGACCAUCUCCUCGUGUGCCAGCGUGAUCGAGGGCGUGAGUCGUAGCAGGAACGCCUUGCUCAACGGCGACACGCGCAACUACGACUGGGACUCGGGAUACACCUGCCAUCAGCUGGGCUCCGGAGCCAUCGUCAUCCAGCUGGCUCAGCCCUUCUCCAUAGGAUCCUUAAGGCUGCUGCUGUGGGACUGUGACGAGCGCUCCUACAGCUACUACAUCGAGGUUUCCACCAACCAGCAGCAGUGGACGAAGGUGGUCGACCGCACCAGGGUGGCAUGUCGAUCCUGGCAGACGUUGAAGUUUGAUAAGCAGCCUGCCUCCUUCAUCCGCAUCGUUGGGACUCACAACACCGCUAAUGAGGUUUUCCACUGUGUUCACUUCGAGUGUCCGGCUCAGCUGGAGACGGAGGUCAACGAAGGCAGCCCGGGUCUGGAUUCAUCUGAUUCAGGCGCCACCGCCGCUCAGCAGCAGCAGCAGCAGCAGCAGCAGCAGCUGAGACCCCAACGGCCUUCACGCACCCACAGCCUACUGCCCACGCAGCCCUCUUCCUCCUCGUCAUCCUCCUCACAGUCCCACCACUAAGAGCCCCCCCCCUCCAACCCUCAGUGGGAGGAAGGCGUCGGGAGGAAAGGGAGACCUCAGAAUGCCAUUUUGCACAGCCUUCCUCAUCCAGACUGCACUGCUCCAACGCUGCUAAGGCCGAGCGUCUCAUCCUCACAGUCCAUGGUCCUUCUGUCAUAAGUGCAACAUUAGAGGCUGGUGUGUUUGUAGCAGCAGCAGCAGCAGCAGCGUUUAGGGCUCCAGUCUUCCCCGUUUUGAAACUAAUAACUAAGGUGUUACAUCUGCAGGCUCGCGCGUUUUUAUGAAGGUACUUUUUAGCUACUAAGGUUCAAGUUUUAUCCUUUCAGUCUCACAAAGGGUUGAAUCUUCUCCAAAGACGAGGCGCACACUGAAACAUGGUAACGCUGUGUCACCACACAGAAGUAAAGCCAGGGUCGGGUAGGGGGGGGUAGCAGGGGUGCUAUUUGAAUAUUAUGCGUUACUAAUAAUAAUAACAAGAAGAAUACUUUAAAAAAAAAAAAAAAAAAAAGGAUUUUAUCCAUAUCAAGCUAUUUUUUUAGGAUAUGGUCUUAAACAGACUCACUUUUCAUACCAUCAGACUAACAGAGUAGCGUUUGGAGUAUUUUUCAGAGUUUGGUAGGAAAUCCUUCAAACGUUUGCCAAAGCUGUGGAGCUAAUUCAUUCUGUGGCAUUUGUAUGCAAAUAGCACUUAAUCCAAUUAUGCAUUUGCAUAUUAAUUAAUCGCUGCCGAGCAUUCGACGUCAGGGUUUCACACCCCAAAGUAAAAUCUGUGGUCGUGCCCGGUGUGACUUUUUGAUAGUAAAGAUUCAUACCUCAAGAAUUAAAAAAAACAAAAAAAACAAACAAAAAAAAAAAAAACUAGAGAUGUAACCGAGUGUCUUAACGUAGACGUUUAAAGCACUUGAAUAGCUCAGCACAAAUAUCACUGGGGAAUUCAAACUAUUUGCUCGUUGAGGAUUCAGUCUAAAGGGGCUCGGACCAAAAUUUACGAACGCACUCGUGCUGCCGCAACUAAAGUUUCUACACAGGAAAUAAUACGAGAGCAGCUGCCACUGGCACUUUAUUUUACCCAUAGAGAAAUAAAGGUUGCAGCUAGGGUCUUCUUAUUGAAGGACAGUACCGGGGUGCUGGAUUUUGGUAUCAUGCUGUUUUGUGUGUUAAGUUAAUUUAAACCUCACGACUCUCGGAUUGUUUUAGGUUUGACUCGUCGUUUGUGUGAUUUGAAGGUUUUUAAGUGAAGCUGUUUUUUCUUUUCUUUUCAUUUCAUUGUGUUCUGAUGUUGCACUUUUGAAUUUUUAUUUUUUUUUUUUUAAAUCUGGUUUGAAGUUACAUAGCCGGAAAUACCUAACUAACCCCACAGGUGAGACACUAGUGUUUCUAUAAUGUUGUUCUAGGCUUCUCCAUUUUAGAAGAUUAGUUGGAUAUAGUCUUCCUCAAUAACUAAACACAAACAGGGCUUUGUUCAGGUUACAUUGAAAUGUAGAGAACACACUCCCAGUGCUCCAUCAAACUUCAUGUUUCUGCAUAGUUUUACUUAAUAUAUAUACACACACACAUAUAUAUAUAUAUUAUUUUUGACCAUUGAUGUGUGAUUGCAUUUCACUGCCUAUUGUUCAACACAUUGCCUGUCUAAAAUGUGAUCAUAUAUAUAUAUAUA